AAAUAUCAGGGAGACAGCAUGUACCUGUAAUGAAUGAAUGGCUGUCAGGUUCUGCAACUACUUUCACCCUUCUCUCUCUUCUUUUUCUUCUUCUAAACCAUAUUCUUUGACCUCUGCUUCUCCUUCACUACCUUUGAGAGCAUCAAGACUCUCAAGGCCUCGAAUCUCAGCCUCAUCAACGUCAUCUCCCAUUAUGGAGUUCCCGUACGUCUCACCCCCUCACAGGGACCUCAUGGUGGAUCUUUUAUCGACGGUUGAGACCCGCCUCGACUCUCAACUCUUACCCUCUACUCUCCCACCCGAUGUUCAGAGCUUCCAGAACCAGAGUGGCACCGCCCAUGGCUCUUUCCACAUCAGAUCCGGCCACGACUCCUCCCCUAUUGAUUUUAUAUUAGGCAGUUGGCUGCACUGCGAGCUGCCAACAGGAGGAGCAUUAAACAUAACAAGCUUAUCAUCGUAUCUGAACUCUAGCACAGAUGCACCGAAUUUCUUAAUCGAACUCAUACAGAGCAGUUCCACAUCGCUAAUCCUCAUCCUUGAUCUGCCUCCAAGAAAAGACCUUGCUCUCCAUCCUGACUACCUUCGGACUUUCUAUGAAGAUACCAAGUUAGAUGCUCCCAGACAAACGCUUGAAAUAAUUCCUGAGGUUAAACCUUACUUCUCUUCUUCAUUGUACAUCCGAUCCGUUGUCUCCCCCACUGCAAUUACGGUUCGAAUUGAAGGCGACGCAGGUGAUUCUGGACGUUUGGAGGAGAUUAUAAAACAACAUUUGGAUCCCAUUGCAAAACAAGUGUUGGGUAUAUGGUUGGAUCAAUGUGCUUCUGGAAAGAGAGAAGUGGGAGAGAGUGAGAGAGCUGGUCUUGAAAACAGAGAUAAGUUGAUCAAGAGCAAAACCAUAGAGAUUGAUUUGGGCUCCAACUUUCCAAGAUUGUUUGGACGAGAAAUAGCUGACCGAGUUUUGGGCACUAUACAAGAAAUCUUUUCUAAAUGAUAUGCUUUAACAUGUCAUUGUAGUUUAGGGGAUAAAUAGAACUCGAAUAAAAAAAGUUACAAAAAGAACUAUUUUUUUAUUUUAUAUAUAUAUAAAUUUUGUAUGUAUAUAUUAAUGCUUUAUAAAUGUUUAACCCAAUUCUUUC